UCCACCACAUCAGACAAUAUGGCACCCGCACCGACCGGAGGCAAGAAGCAGAAGAAGAAGUGGUCAAAGGGCAAGGUCAAGGACAAGGCCCAGCACGCCGUCGUCCUCGACAAGCAGACCUCUGACAAGCUCAACAAGGACGUCCAGUCCUACCGCCUCAUCACCGUUGCUACCCUCGUCGACCGUCUCAAGAUCAACGGCUCGCUCGCCCGACAGGCCCUCAACGAUCUCGAGGAGAAGGGCACCAUCAGGAAGGUUGUUGGCCACUCCAAGUUGAGCAUCUACACCCGUGACGUUGCCGGCGAGGCAUAAGCAGCUCGUACCAACAAUGGUGGCUAGAUGAGAGACUCGGGUCUUCAAUUUCGACUUUUCAACGACAUUCCUCUUACCCACUAUCGGUCGGCGUCUUUUCGUAAGGGAAGGUCUUACUUUGGGCAUGCUCACGUGGGAUAUGAAAUGAGAGGACGCGGCAGGCUCGGCGUAGAUCUGAGUGUCCGCUGAGGUAUGGAGUCGAUCAUGCAUUGAAUGAAAAAAAGAUCUGAACCCACUUUCUCUUGCUCGGUGUGAUGUUCCAGCCUUGUGGCUUGACUGCCUGGGCUUGGGGUCGUGUGAUUGUUGACCACACCUCGUAUGACGGACGGAUCACAGCGUCUCCUUCGGCAU